AUGUUGCGGCGCAGUAGUCGGCUGCUUGUGCGCUUGCCCAAGUGCCGCCGUCCACGUGAGCGGCCAUGGGAGAUCUUUAACGUGCGCGACUUUGGGUACCACGAGGGGUCGCAGAACUACGUGAUGUGGUUCGGCACGGCGGUUGUCUUCACCUCGAUGCUGGCCUUCGAGGUGUACCAGCAGAUCCAGCGCAUCUUUCAGCGCGGCGACACCUGUAGCGCCUGCGAGGCUGCGCGGGCGCACUAUCGAAAGCGUGUCGAGGAGCGGGAGCGGGAGAUGGAAGCUCAGACGCAGUACAGCCUGAAGCUGCGCAAGCCGCAUGCGUCUUAG